AUGGCAGCGCAAGCAGAAACAAUGGAGUGCGACAAGGGUUUCUCUUGCAAUUACAUGAUAUUGAAACCUGAAGAAGUGAAAUUCGUUGAUCUGUUUCGCAUCUUGUUUUCCAGUAGCUUGGAGGACAGAAAAUUCGUAGAUAGUCCAGCGGGAACAGAAGAAAGUUUCCGGUACAGAUGGCUGAUAUUCAUCUCGAUUGUGGCGCAGAAGUUCCUCAUGUUUACUUCCAAGCCAAUGUCAUGGAUGGGAUCACUAAUCGAGAUGUGGCUCAACCUUCUGUCAUGUAACCGGAACUUUUUUGUCCUCAUUUUUAAUCUCGUACGAGGGAAGGCUGUGAUACCGGAUAAGAAUUCAGCAACAUUCAUCUCCUUCAUUGGGAAUUUGGAUAAGAGAAUGAAGCUAGACGGUGACAUCAAACCUGUAGAUGGAUGCAGGUAUUAUUCGGCACUGUCUAUGAUGGCAUCCAAAGCAUCAUAUGAGAACAGAGCCUACAUUGAAACUAUUGUCAAGGAUCAUUGGAAGAUGGAGUACUUGGAAUUUUACGACUACUGGAAUGAUUACCAAGAAAAAGCCACAACCCAGAUGUUCUUUCUUCGUGAUAAAAAUGAUGACCACGAUACUAUCGUUGUUGCCUUCCGGGGCACGGAGCCAUUUGAUGCAGAUGCGUGGUGCUCAGACUUUGAUCUUUCUUGGUAUGAGCUCGAUCCCAACAUGGGAAAAAUCCAUGGCGGUUUUAUGAAAGCCCUAGGCUUGCAAAAGAACGUAGGCUGGCCAACAGAAUGCAAACAAAACGAAAUCCGGAAAGAAGCAUUAGCGUACUAUGACAUUAGAGACAAAUUGAAAGCACUCUUGAGCGAAAGUGAGAAAACAAAAUACAUAUUGACAGGCCACAGCUUGGGUGGGGCGUUGGCAAUUCUGUUUCCAGCAAUUUUGCUUUUGCAUGACGAGAAAUUUCUGCUGCAGAGAUUGGAAGGGGUUUACACAUAUGGCCAACCAAGAGUAGGAGAUGAAACAUUUGGGAAAUUCAUGGAAAAUAAGUUGGAGGAGCAUAAAAUUCGAUAUUUCAGGGUUGUCUAUGGCAAUGACAUGGUGCCAAGGCUGCCUUAUGAUGACAAGGAUCUUUUGUUCAAGCACUUUGGCACCUGCCUCUACUAUAAUAGGCACUAUCGUGGAAAGGUUGUUCCAGAAUUACCAAACAAGAACUAUUUUUCGCCGUUAUCGGCCGUGCCCAUGAUCAUAAACGCUCUGUUUGAGUUGAUAAGAAGCUUCACUAUAUGUUACUCAAAGGGACCGGAUUAUCAGGAAGGAUGGUUCCUAAGAGUGUUUAGAAUAAUAGGACUGGUGAUCCCUGGAGUUUCAGCUCAUUCAACUCAAGAUUAUGUUAACUCUACCCGUCUUGGAUCUUCCGAUGUUUUUCACCCACAAGAAGAAAUAAUUCCAUAAUUUGUAAGCGCAUGCAUACGCGCAUAUAUAUAUAUAUAUAUAUAUAUAUAUUAGUAAAACAAAUAUUAAAAUUCAGUGAUUUUAUGACAUAAUUAAUGAUUGAGGAUUUUAAAUUUUA